AUGUUUGUAGCUGAAUCCGAGACCAAAACCACAUUUUGCCCCGCAAGGUUUCUGAAGAUUGUUUCAAGCCUCCAUGUUCCGUCAGGCCGAGGAACGUCCAACAGCAACGCUCUGCAUGGCGGUGGUCCGACUCUGCAUCCAAUGCCCGGCUUAAUCACUCCACUAUUGAUCGGCGCACCGCUCGUAGAUCUGCCAAUGCAGUUUGGCGCAAGACUUCUGGGCGGCCUGGGGAGCGGACAUCUGGCUUCCCGUGCAAGCCCUGCGGACGGAAAGAUCCUUGGGACCUUGGGGCAAUCCGCAACCCCGUCUAGACUCAUGCCGUUUCCAGGAUGGCUUGCGUGGUGA